ACGUCCACGAAUUUAAAGUGACGUCCGCAAAGAGACACGACCAGAACGCGACAGGCAACGACAAACCUGUGCCGAGACUGCUAGCGGGCAGGUAUGGAGAUAGGCCCCGAGCCAACAUGGGAGCUUGGCGCGUACAUACAAAACUACAAAGGCUACAUCAAAGUCAAGCGUCUUGUGCACAUUGCCAACACCUUUGAUUCGUUGCGCAGUGAGGCGCUUCAACGCGCAUUGACUGCAUUGAAGGAGGAGACGAUGGAUGGCGAAACGUAUGCCAAUCUUGCAAAGCUUCUGCCAGAAAGUGUGGCCUAUGACUCGACCUGGGCAACAGAGAUUACACGCAAAGCGCAGGCUAUGACCGUCAAACUUGAGUCAGAGCUCAAGGCAUAUAAGAACAACCUCAUCAAGGAGUCUAUUCGUCUUGGCCAGCAGGAUCUUGCAGAUCACCAAGCAAAGAUGGGGCAAUUUGACGAAGCCAUCAAGACCUACAUUCAGAAUAGAGAUGUCUGCACAACGCCAGACCAGGUUGCCCAUACAACUUUCAAGAUUGUCGAGCUUGCGACCAUUGCUGGACAGUGGGCCACAGCCAAUACUUAUCUGUCCAAGAUUGACGGUAAGUUGGAGAAGGGGGUUGAUCGACAAAAGAGUCUGAUUGCCAAAGGCCUGUCCAAUUUGGCGCACGGAGGAUAUCAUCAAGCUGCAACAGCGUACAUUAGUGCCUUUUCUGUGGCUCAAGUGCAAGCAAAAAGGUGGGAAGAAGUCAUCUGUCUGAACGAUAUCGCCAAUCAAACUGUUGUUAUUGCGCUGGCGUACUUUGACAGGAAGACCUUGUCGUCCGAGUUGCUUAACAAUAGCAACAUGACGCCCGUAUUGGAGCUCGAAGGAAAUGCACGAGAAGCGCUUGAAUGCUUCUACAAGUCUCGUUAUGCCGACUUGUUCAAAGUACUAGAGAUCAUGCGAGGCGAUUUACUCGCCGACAUGCACCUAGAACCUUCCGCUGUGCAGCACCUCUUUUCACGCAUUAAGAAGCGCAGCUUAAUUCAAUUUGCAAAAGCCUUCAAGAGUGUCUCUCUCACUCGCAUGGUUAACGAAUUUGGCAAGACCCCUGAUGAGCUUGAGCAGCUGCUUGAAGAGCUCAUCAUGAGUGACGAAUUGCCCAAUGCUCGUAUUGACGCUGUGCGGGGGUUGUUGGUGCUUGAGGCGACGAAUGCCACGGAUGCGACCAUGGCCAAGACAUUAGCGAUGGGCAAGCAGCACUCUGAAGAGUAUGCUCGUGCCCUCGUCCAUUUGACCAUCACGCAAGCUGGUCUGGAGAUUGCAAAACCCAAAGGUGAACCAACAACGAAUCGGCAGGGUGAGGCUGAAGUGAUGCAAGAAGACGAAGAGCACUCAGACCCUGCAUCGCCCAUGGAAGAUCUGCAUUAGUCACAGCAAAAGUAGCGCUUCUGAUAGCUGAACGAUGAUAUAUAUAUGCUCGAUAAGGAUACAAUGAGUGACGCAACUGCAGUUGUGCCCGCUUAAUUGAU